CCCACGAAAGAACAACCUCGAACAUCGUCGACGGAUUCUUCUCCUUCCCCCACCCUUUCAGAAAGCCUGCGCUCCUCUCCGUCGACCGCCCGCCGGAAUCAAAAUCAAUGGCCGCCAAAUCCGUCGACCCUCCUUCACUGUCCUACACCCAGUACAACAUCCGGACCCGGAAGCCCGACCCGAAAUCCUGCGCCCUCCUCGUGAUCGACGUCCAGAACCACUUCGCCUCCAUGGCCGGCCCGAUCCUCCCGGCGCUCAACGCCACCAUCCGCCUCUGCCGGCGAGCCUCCAUCCCCGUCUUCUUCACCCGCCACUGCGACGCCGACCCGGCCGACUACCCCAUGCUCGCCGAGUGGUGGGGCCUCGACUCCCGCAUCGUCGACGGCACCGCCGAGGCGGAGCUGAUGCCGGGGCUCGACCACGCGGCCGGCGACCCGGUGGUGCGGAAGUACACGUACAGCGCGUUCCGGGGCACGGGCCUGGAGGAGCGGCUGGCGGGGAUGGGCGUGCGGGAGGUGAUCGUGACCGGGGUCAUGACGAACCUGUGCUGCGAGACGAACGCGCGCGAGGCAUUCGUGCGGGGGUUCCGGGUGUUCUUCUCGACCGACGCGACGGCGACGUCGAGCGAGGACCUGCACGUCGCGACGCUCAAGAACAUGGCCUACGGGUUCGCUUACCUCGUGGACAGCGUAUCCCUCGAGAAGGGGCUACUCGGGUAAUAAUCAGCUUUUUCUUUCUUUGUCGCGUUUCUUGAAAUUGCAAGAACUGAAUCGUGUAUCGUGUAUCGCGUAUCGUGUAUCUUGUGUCUUGGAAAUUUUUCAUGUUUUUCAACUUA